AUGAAGCUGGUGAAUUUUUUAAAGAAGUUACGGAACGAACAAGUAACGAUAGAGUUGAAGAACGGUACAACAGUAUGGGGAACGUUACAAUCUGUCUCGCCACAAAUGAAUGCAACACUCACUGAUGUUAGAUUGUCUGUACCAUCUAACGCUAGCAGAUCACAAGCCGCUAUGUCUAGCGUAUAUCUAUCCGGAGCCACCACUGAGAGGUCAAAGGAUGGAGUAUCGGCAUCAUUACAAUACAUUAAUGUUCGUGGAAAUACUAUUCGACAGAUAAUCCUACCAGAAUCCUUAAAUUUGGAUUCUUUAUUGGUCGAUGAUGCACAAUUGAAUCAUUUACGGAAGAGUGGGCAAGUUGCUGAUUCAAGUACUCGUAAGAGAACUUGGGAUUCCGAUACACAUACAGCUAAGAGAGCAAGAAGAGGUGUAUAA